AUGAGCAACAACGAGGGGCAGCGUUGGCAGACCCGCCAGGACGGGCUCGACAAGCUCUUCCUCGCGUCGGCGGCCAUCCCGCAACCGGGACCGGGCGAGGUGCUGGUCAAGAUCAAGGCCGUCUCGCUCAACUACCGCGACACCGAGGUGGCCAUGGGCCUCUACAACCACCACAAGACGAUCAACCCCGGAGAGACGGAGCCCCUGGUGCCGGCGUCGGACAUGUGCGGCUCCGUCGAGGCCGUGGGCGACGGUGUCGACAGGUGGACGGCCGGCGACCGGGUUGUGUCCAUCUUCAACCAGUCGCACAUCCGGGGCCAGAUCAAGGCGGCGGACAUGAAGUCCGGGCUCGGGUUCCCGCUCGAGGGCGUGCUGCAGUCGUACCGCGUGUUCCCCGCCGAGGGUCUGGUCAGGGCGCCGAAGCACCUGAGCGACGAGGAGGCGGCGUGUCUGCCGAUCGCGGCGGUGACGGCGUGGAUGUCGAUUAACCAGUUCCGGCCGCUGGGCCAACCCGGCGGCAAGGGUGAGGUGAUUGUCUGCCAGGGAACCGGCGGCGUUGCGAUUUCAGGGUUGCAGAUUGCCAAAGCCGCGGGCGCAACGGUCGUCAUCACGUCGUCUUCGGACGAGAAGCUCGAGAAAGCCAAGGCCCUCGGCGCGGACUACACGGUCAACUACCGCAGCAACCCCAACUGGGACGAGAAGGUCAACGAGGUCACGGGUGGCGAGGGCGCCGACAUCAUCCUCGAGACCGGCGGCGCCAAGACGCUGCGGCACUCGUUCGAGGCCAUCGGGUUCGGCGGGCAGAUCGCCUGCAUCGGGUACCUGUCGGGCAAGGUGGACGCCGAGGAGGACCGGACCAACGUGAACCUGCUGGCGCUGCGCAAGACGGUAACGCUCAAGGGCAUCAUCAAUGGGCCGCGCGAGAGGUUCGAGGAGAUGAUUGGCUUCUACGAGGACAAGGGCAUCAAGCCCGUGGUGGACCGCGUCUUCGGCUUCACGGAGGCGGACAAGGCAUACCAGUAUCUGUACAGCGGGGGACACUUUGGCAAGGUGGUUGUCAAGGUUCAGUGA